AUGGCAGGAAUCAUUGUUUUCUAAAAACGAAACAAAGCCUCUUUGAUGAAUACUCAGAAUUUGGAGCACUUUUAUGCAUGGAACUGAAACAAAUGGAAGGCUACAUGAAAUGAUUACAAUGAGAUCCUGGUUGCUGUUGCUGCUUCUGCUUGUGAGCUUGUGUUCACCUGCACCUAGACUUUCGGAUAAGGACAUCUGCCUGUUAGACAACACUAAAUUACAACAGAGGCUAAAACUGCUCCAAGACUUGCUUCAGUUGUGUGAAUUACAGCUGAAGGACAUCUUGGGGAACAACUAUCAUGGAACAAAAAGCAAGAUCUUCUCAGCCAGGAGAAGCGUACAGCCUGAAAUCAUUUUACCGACAACUAGUGGAAACUUGAUAGUCUACGAUCAAGAUUGCUCUGCAGUGUUUAACAGCAGAAAAACUGAAAAUGGAUACUACCGGAUUAGGCCCAGAGCAGACCGCGAACCUUUCCUGGUGUACUGUGACAUGUCUGAUGGAGGGGGAUGGACUGUAAUACAGCGACGCAGUAAUGGCAAAGAGAAUUUCGACAGGAAAUGGGCUGAUUACAAACAAGGAUUUGGACGGUUCCAGGGCAAGAAUGACGAAUACUGGCUGGGCAAUGAGCACAUUUAUGAUCUGCUGGUUAGAGAGGAAAACUCACUAAAAAUUGACCUGAUGGACUGGCAUGGAGAAAGACGAUAUGCAAUCUAUGAAAACUUUCAGAUCAAGAAUGAGCAGGACAAUUACAGGUUAUGGGUUGGCACCUAUUCUGGUAAUGCUGGUGAUGCUCUGUCUGGAGGGAGUAACUUUGAAGAACAGUGGUCAGCAUCACUCAGUGGGAUGCCGUUCUCCACAUCAGACAAGGAUCAUGAUAGAUUCCUAGCAGGCAACUGUGCACAAGAGAAUAAGUGUGGCUGGUGGUUUAACAGAUGCCAUGCAGCGAAUCUCAAUGGACAAUAUUAUAAAACAGGAAACUACACUGGACGCCAUGACAAUGGAGUGGUUUGGUCAACCUGGCGUGGGUUGUGGUACUCCCUGAAAUACACAGCCAUGAAAAUCAGGCUUCCAUCUUUUGUCGACGUAGGGAGUGGAAAUGGUAAAAGCAGCUAGAACAGCUAGAAUCCCCAUCAUUGGAGACAGAGAGAGUAUAGGAUAGAAAAAAAUUUAGAAAUCAAGGGCCAAACCCUCAGCUGGUGUAAAUCAGCACAGCUGCACUGUAGUAAUUGGCGUUUGAUCAGUUUAUAUUAGUUGAAGAUCCAUCCCCAGGGUAGUAGAAUAUGCCUAUCACAUGGUCUAAUGGAGGACGUAAGGGUCUCUCAUUCUUGUUAAAACCAUUGGAAACACCACAAGUUUGUUUUCCAAUGAUCUUUAGUGGAGAUGAGAGUACUCAGCAGUUCACAGGAAACUCUUUGCACCUUGCAGAAUCAGGCCCUUACUCCUCUUAGCCAUUUGUACCUUAUAAUGGCCAAAUUCUUCUCACCUUGAUUUCAAUGGUCAGUGAAUGUGGUAAGCAAUAUAAGAACAUGGAAUAGAACAAACAAAGGGAUAAGGAUUUGGCCCUUAAAGCUGUCUGCUAGAUCUAGGCCCCAGAUUUAGAUUUUGUUUUGAAGUGGACUUUGCAUAGGGUGACCCAGGGCUGGUGCAAGGAUAUUUCGCGCCCUAGGCAAAACUUCCACCUUGUGCCCUCCCACCC